CAGCGGGAGGCGGAGCGAGUCCAAAAUGGCGGCUCUCAGGCUGGCGCGCUCGGUGCUGCUGGGGCUUUGAGGUGGUCGCCUGGGGUCUGGGAGGGGGGGGACGGUUUCCCCGCCGCGGGGAGCCCUUGAGAAUGAACCGGGGACUCUGCUAACGUCAGGCGGCGGGGCUGGAGAGAAGUGGCAGCGAGGGCUGCGGUGGCGUCCACGCAGCGGGAUGUGCGAGAGUUACUCCAGGUCGUUGUUGAGGGUCUCGGUGGCGCAGAUCUGCCAGGCUCUGGGCUGGGACUCGGUGCAGCUCAGCGCCUGCCACCUCCUCACGGACGUGCUGCAGCGCUAUCUGCAGCAGCUGGGCCGGGGCUGCCAUCGGUACUCUGAACUCUAUGGCCGAACAGACCCAAUUUUGGAUGAUGUUGGUGAAGCUUUCCAACUUAUGGGGGUCAGUCUGCAUGAACUAGAAGACUAUAUUCAUAAUAUUGAACCUGUCACUUUUCCACAUCAAAUUCCUUCGUUUCCUGUUAGUAAGAACAAUGUACUUCAGUUUCCUCAGCCUGGAAGUAAAGAUGCAGAGGAAAGAAAGGAAUACAUUCCUGAUUACUUACCACCCAUUGUGUCUUCUCAAGAAGAGGAAGAAGAGGAACAGGUGCCCACUGAUGGGGGCACAUCGGCAGAAGCCAUGCAGGUUCCCUUGGAGGAAGAUGAUGAAUUGGAAGAGGAGGAAAUUAUUAAUGAUGAGAAUUUCCUGGGUAAGAGACCACUGGAUAGUCCUGAAGCUGAAGAAAUGCCUGCCAUGAAGCGACCACGACUAUUAAGCACUAAAGGGGACACGCUGGAUGUAGUAUUAUUGGAAGCUCGAGAACCUCUCAGCUCAAUAAAUACACAAAAAAUUCCACCAAUGCUUUCGCCAGUCCAUGUACAGGACAGUACAGACUUAGCACCUCCAUCACCAGAGCCCCCAAUGUUGGCUCCUGUUGCAAAAUCACAAAUGCCAACUGCAAAACCAUUAGAAGCAAAGUCAUUUACACCCAAAACAAAGACUAAAACUAGUUCUCCAGGUCAAAAGACUAAAUCACCUAAAACUACCCCAUCACCAGCAAUGGUCGGAAGUCCUAUUCGGUCACCCAAAAGUAUAUCCAAAGAAAAGAAGUCACCUGGACGUGCUAAGAGCCCCAAGAGCCCCAAGAGCCCCAAGAUUAUGACUCAUAUUCCCCCAGUACCUGUCAGACCUGAGACACCAAAUAGGACUCCUGCAGCUCCAAUAAGUGAAAAAAUUAGUAAAGAGACCAUCCAGGUGAAACAAACACAAACUCCCCCUGAUGCUGGGAAACUGAACAAUGAGACUCAGCCGAAAAAGGCUAUUGUGACUGAUAAAACAAUCGAUGACUCUAUUGAUGCUGUGAUUGCCCGAGCCUGUGCUGAACGGGAGCCAGAUCCUUUUGAAUUUUCUUCUGGAUCAGAAUCCGAAGGAGACAUUUUUACGAGCCCUAAGAGAAUUUCAGGUUCAGAGUGUACCACUCCAAAAGCUUCCACUUCUUCAAACAAUUUCACAAAGUCAGGAUCCACUCCUCUGCCUCUUUCAGGUGGAACUUCCAGUUCUGAUAACUCAUGGACAAUGGAUGCCUCCAUUGAUGAGGUUGUACGGAAGGCAAAACUGGGAACACCUUCCAGUAUGCCUCCCAACUUUCCUUAUAUCUCUUCUCCUUCAGUGUCUCCUCCCACUCCCGAGCCUCUCCACAAGGUGUAUGAGGAGAAAACCAAGCCGCCUUCAUCAAUGGAGGUAAAGAAGAAGUUGAAAAAAGAGCUGAAGACUAAAUUGAAAAAGAAAGAAAAGCAGCGAGAUAAAGAGAGGGAAAAAGACAAAAACAAAGAGAAAAGUAAGGAGAAGGAUAAAGUGAAAGAGAAAGAGAAGGAAAAAGAAGCUGGCAAGGAAACAAAAUACCCAUGGAAGGAGUUUCUUAAAGAUGAGGAUUCAGAUCCCUAUAAGUUUAAAAUAAAAGAAUUUGAAGAUGUUGAUUCAAAAGUGAGAUUGAAAGAUGGAAUCGUAAGGAAGGAGAAAGAGAAGCAUAAAGACAAGAAAAAAGAUAGAGAAAAGGGGAAAAGAGAUAAAGAUAAACGAGAAAAAGAAAAAGUUAAAGACAAAGGUAGAGAAGAAAAGGCAAAGGCUCCACCCACGCCACUGUUAUUGCCCCCAAAAGAAAUGGCGCUGCCCCUUUUCAGCCCUGCCACAACGGUAAGGGUCCCUUCUGUGCUGCCUGCCUUGUCGCCAAUGCUCCCAGAAAAACUGUUUGAGGAAAAAGAAAAACCUAAGGAGAAGGAAAGGAAAAAAGACAAAAAAGAGAAGAAGAAAAAGAAAGAAAAAGAGAAGGAAAAGGAGAAGAAAGAGAAGGAAAGGGAGAAAGAAAAAAGAGAGAGAGAGAAGAGAGAAAAAGAAAAGGAGAAACACAAGCAUGAAAAAAUAAAAGUGGAACCUGUCAUUCCAGCCCCAAGUCCAGUUAUCCCCAGAUUGACUCUGCGAGUUGGUGCUGGUCAAGACAAGAUUGUCAUCAGCAAAGUGGUGCCAGCUCCCGAGGCCAAGCCCGCGCCGGCUCUGAGCCGCCCCAAGACCCCGCCGCCCGCGCCGGCCGCCCCCGCGCACGUGAGCCCCGCGCCGCCGCCAACGCUGCCGCUGCCGCUGCUCGCGCCCGCCGCCGCCUGCCCCGCGCUGCUGCCCGCGCCCGCGGCCCCCGCCAUGGCCGCCAGCGCCAAGGGGCCGGUGCGCAGCGUGGUCACCGAGACCGUCAGCACUUACGUGAUUCGAGAUGAGUGGGGCAAUCAGAUCUGGAUCUGUCCUGGGUGUAACAAGCCUGAUGAUGGGAGUCCUAUGAUUGGCUGUGAUGACUGUGACGACUGGUACCACUGGCCCUGUGUUGGACUAAUGACUGCCCCACCAGAAGAGAUGCAGUGGUUCUGCCCCAAGUGUGCCAACAAGAAGAAAGAUAAAAAGCACAAGAAGAGGAAACACCGAGCACACUGACGUCACCUCAGGGUGGCUUCCCUGACCCUGUGGACGCACUGGCGUCCUCCUGCCAUAACAUCGCCCUGUGGAUAAGGAGUCCAGGAAGACAAGGACAGAGUGCAAGCACGCCUUCCACCCUGAAUUUCCCCUUCUCAAACAUGCUGGUCUGAGGUUCCAUAGUGGUGUGACUGAAGAAAACCUCUAGCAGGGCGUGGCCUAAGGGCUGCCCAGCUCCAUUUUUCUAUUACCAGUGACAAGUAUUAUUAAUAAAAGACCAUACAUCUUCCCUUUUGAUUUCCUUUGUUCUCUCCAGGGCCUUUCAUUAAGGUAUUUGAUGAGAAGGUAAUGUAUAAACUGCCUCGACUGUAAUUUAAGGAUGAUACUGUUAGUCCAUAUACAGUUUUCAACUUCUUUCCCUCUAGAGUGAGAUAAUCAUAAUAACAUAAAAGAAAACUCCAGGUGGAGUAUUGGUAAAUAUUUUUUUGAUGAGAAUAUAUGAAGCCUCCCAAAGCCCCAUUUUUAGUACUAACGUAAAAUGUUCAGGCUUUUGUGAAAUACCUUAUAUUUUUUAAGAAAAAGGUUUCUAUCAUGUCCUGUUUUCUUCUGUGCAAAUUCUUUUUGUUUAAUGUAUUUUAUAUAUUUGUUGCAUUCUAAUUUUGCCCUUCUUUAAACUGCUGGAGUCUCUUCUCACUGCUUGUACAUUUCAUCAACUUGUAUAAAAACUUCAUACUAAAAAAUUUCCCCUAAUGUAAAUAAUAAAUAUUUAUGAAGUAGUUAUUUUUAAAAUUUUUAUCGUGUUUAAUUCUGGCUUCCUCUGAAGUCCACUGUGGUUUCAGCCAUGUCUGUAAUUACCGCUGUACAUAAGCAAAGACGACUGGAGAAGAAGAGCCAUAGUUGUGAGCAGUUUGCUGCAAGCUGACUGAACUGCAGUGCCCAAACGUGUGGGGAGAGAACCCUAGCAGUUGGAAGGAAAGCAAGGCAGUUUAACUAGAGUUUAGGAUUGGAAGUUAUUUGUUUGUUACCUAUUUUGUUUCUGUAAAUUUCUCUGACUUUUACUAAAAGGACAUGUAGGUUCCAUGAAAGUGAA